AUGAUAACUCAACAGAUACACAGAGCUGUUUCAACUACUGUCAAUAGUUCAAAGGCUCAUGCACGCGCUCUUGUAACAAAGGAACCAAAUAUCGUUUAUCGUUUAGCCAAUAAGAAGGAUAAAGAAGCUCUAACUGAUCUUAUGGCGAUGUAUAUAUCUAACAGACCUUACCAGGGAACUUUGAGAGAUACAGAAGAACGGUGUAGUUAUAUGGUUAGGGAUGCUCUUCGUUUUCCAUAUACUAUGAUGGCUUACGACAACGACCUGCCUGUCGGAUUCAGUUUGAUAACUAAUCGAUUUCGAGAUGUCUCGAAGAAUCGCCUUGAACUAUUAGGACCGAUCCCUCGAACAACUACUGACGUAUUAGAUAACUUACGUGACCACGCAGAAAAUCAUCUAUGGUGUUUGGUACCAGAAGCUCAAAAUAUAUUUAUUAACGAAGCGUUGUUCAUUGAGCCAAACUAUCGGAGACAGCAGAUAGCUUCAACACUUGUUGAAGAGCAGUUUCGAAGAAUCUGUCUACUCACAAAGAAUGAAUGGUCAAUGAACGGUAUGAUUGCCCCAGUCACAAGCUAUGCUCAUUUCUGUCUACUAGAGAAACUUGGAUUUGUUUGCAUCUAUGAUAUUCCUCCACAGUCCUUUCUGACAGCAAAUGGAGAAGAAUGGAAAUCAGCUGAUACCACCGUCCCAUUUGCCCGCUUGAUGUUAUUGAAAUAUUAA